AUGCUCUCUGUUCUACCGCUAGAGCUGCAGCUCCAUAUCCUCGAGCUCGCCCUCCCGCCCCUCAUCCUCGCCCGCCUCGACGAACGAGCCCAACUCUGCAAGACCUUCUCCCUCGUCCACCGCACCUGGACGCGUAUUGCACAGCGCGAACUCUACGAGCAUGUUUCUUGCGCCGACGAAGCGUCCAUUCUCGGGCUCGCGGCGGGUAUGAAGGGACGUUGGCCGAUCAAGCGACUUCGCCUCGAAUACCUUCCUGCAUGCCGCAACCGCUUCAAGAGGCUCAUGAAGAAUGCGCUGGCUCGAGGGGAUGUUGAGCAGAUCUGGCUGUCGGGACGGUUGACCGAGAGUGACCACUUCAUCGAAGGCGCUCAUGCUCUCAAGAAGCUGUAUCUGCUCAACACGAUUCUCUGGAACGCUAUGUCCAUCAUUGACGACUCCACCUCACGCAACUUAACAUACCUCUUCGUCAGCGACGUCGGCCUUGCACCUUUCCCCGCCGACUUGCAGCUGCAGACGCUUCUGCUCAGCUGUGUCACUUUGGAUCACCCUGCGGAGACCUCUUUCGCCCAUUUGUCAGCCGUGCGUAUACUCGGCUUGAUCGCGACUGUUCCCCUCAUCCUCAUCGCCAAUGACCUUCCUCCGCUUCUGCGACACUUGGCGUACUACGAUGCGGACUGGGAGUCGGAAGACGAGGAGCCCGACGAGAAUGAUCAGGCGCGAGUCAAUGCGCUCUCUGCGAUGCGCGAGAAGCACCGGCCCGCCAUGGCGAAGCUGGCGCAAAGGCUCGCUUCCUGUACGAGCAAUACGGAUGCAGGCGAGCGUAGACCGUGGAGCUACGUUCUCGAGGAACAGGUGGAGGAAGCGGGCGGCAAAUUCACGGUGAUCGACGACGACAACUUCGACCUCGAGGAAUGGGCGUGGUCUCUCGGCGCGUAG